GCUAAAUGAUGUAAACCGGGCAUUAGUGAAGUUGACGCGGGAAAAGUGCUCUACUAGCAAAAGACGCAGAGAGAGGAAAUAAAGUGUUUAAAGAAUAGUGUGCGUAGUUGAACUACGAAGUUGUUUGUAUAUUUGUAUGAUUUUUACAUUACUAUAAAAAUGCAGUCAUUUUUGAAGACAGGUAAACUAGGACCUCAAGAUAAAUCCGGGACUUCAGCGAGUAACCAAAAAAAGAAAACAUCAGUUUGCACUCCUUGGGUGGAAAAAUACCGGCCGCGCACGGUCAGCGCCGUGGUGGAGCAGGCGGACGUGGUGGAGGUACUGCGCCAGUGCCUGGGCGGCGCGGACCUGCCCAACCUGCUGUUCUACGGCCCGCCGGGCACGGGCAAGACCAGCACCAUCCUGGCCGCGGCCCGCCAGCUCUUCGGGGACAUGUACAAGGACAGGAUCCUGGAGCUGAAUGCGUCGGACGAGCGGGGCAUCCAGGUGAUCCGGGACAAGGUGAAGAAGUUCUCGCAGCUGACCGCCAGCAGCGUGCGCCCCGACGGCCGGCCGUGCCCGCCCUUCAAGGUCGUGGUGCUGGACGAGGCGGACUCGAUGACCCACGCCGCGCAGGCCGCGCUGCGCCGCACCAUGGAGAAGGAGAGCAGGUCCACUCGCUUCUGCCUCAUCUGCAACUACGUGAGCCGCAUCAUCCAGCCGCUCACCUCGCGCUGCACCAAGUUCCGCUUCAAGCCGCUGGGGGAGGGCAGAGUGCUGGAGCGGCUGGAGCUGAUCUGCCGGGAGGAGGGCGUGUCGUGCGACCGAGACGUGCUGCAGCUGCUGGCGCGCAGCUCGGGCGGAGACCUGCGCCGCGCCAUCACGUGCCUGCAGUCCUGCGCCAAGCUCACCGGCGAGGGCGCGCGCAUCAGCACGGCCGACGUGCUGGAGGUCGCCGGGGUGGUGCCGGACCGCUGGCUGUGCGAGCUGCUGGAAGUGUGCCGUGCGGGCGACUACGCACGGCUCGAGAGCUACGUGGAGCGGCUCACGUGCGAGGCCUACGCCGUGUCGCAGCUAAUAGACCAAUUGCUGAGGAUGAUAGUUUCUUCGGAGGACAUCAGCGACAGGAAGAAGGCAGUGAUUUGCGAGAAGAUUGCGCUGUGCCAGUGGCGCGUGACGGACGGCGCCAGCGAGUACCUGCAGCUGCUCGACCUGGGCUGCUCGAUGACCGAGGCUCUCCAGUGACUGUGCCCCGGGCCCCGUGCGGCGGUGACUCAUCAGAUAAUUAGUAGUGGCAAUCAGAACAAUGGGUCGCAAAUCACUAUCAAAUACCAACUGAAAAUAUUGUCUUUUACUCAUCAUUAAAGCCAAAAUUCUUUUGACCUUUAUUUGAAAAUAAA